AUGUACGCUCCAAAGAAGGGAUAUUGUGCACAUCACCUUCUGCCUCCCCCCGGAAACCUUUUCGCCGAACUGUUUAUUGAUCGACAGGAUUGCCUCCACUUGUUGUUUUUCGCCUGCGGAUAUGAUAGUGAGAGAAGUGCUCACAAGGUGGCAGACGAUGGCUCAGCCAUUAGAUACAAGAACGGCCUGUUCCCUCCUUCCAUGAGUCCAAAUUCCAUUGCCUGUCUGCACCAAUCAACUAUGAAGGGCCUUCUUUCCAUGCUCCUUGUUGGAGCCGCUAGAACGUUGGCAGCUCCCCAUGAAGCAGGCAUCAUGGCCGAGGGGAUGCUGAGUACCGAAGGCAAGGCGAUCUGGGGAAGCAUCAAGAAGUCUGUGCCAGAAGCCCAGAUAACCCAUUUCUUCAACGCCCCGAAGCCUCACCAGGCUCGACCUGAAAGCUACUGGGACCAUGUCGUGUCUGGACAAAGUAUUGAAAGCACUUGGAUCCAUAGCGACGGAGAGGGACGUUCUGAUAUCAGCGAAUAUAGCAUGAGGAUCAAGACUGUGGAUCCAAGCAAGUUGGGAGUUGAUACGGUCAAGCAAUACAGUGGUUAUCUUGAUAACAGCGCCGAUGACAAGCACCUUUUCUUCUGGUUCUUUGAGUCCCGAAAUGAUCCAACGAAUGACCCCAUCAUCCUGUGGCUCAGCGGAGGCCCAGGAUGCUCUUCCAUGACCGGCUUAUUUAUGGAAAUGGGGCCGGCCAGGAUCGAUGAGAACAUCAAGGUUGUUCACAACCCUCACUCUUGGAUUAACAACGCCUCUAUGAUUUUCUUGGACCAGCCUGUCAAUGUUGGGUUCUCCUACGGCGAAAAGGGAGUCUAUAACACGCCCGCCGCAUCAAAGGACGUCUUUGCAUUCUUGACCAUGUUCUUCAAGCAAUUCCCGCAAUAUUCCAAGCAGGACUUCCAUAUCUCUGGAGAGUCUUACGCCGGUCAUUAUAUACCAGUUUACGCUGCAGAUAUCCUUCAACAGGAGUCCAACAUCAACUUAAAGUCCAUCCUUAUUGGAAACGGCCUUACCGACCCAUACACCCAGAAUGCCUACUAUGAACCCAUGGGAUGUGGUGAGGGAGGUUACGAUGCCGUGUUAGACGAGGCUACCUGUCAAACCAUGAAAGAGGCUAUUCCAGAGUGCCAGAAGCAAAUAAAGGCUUGUUACGACGAACCCACCGAUGUUGGUGCUUGUGUUCGCAGCGCCGGGUUCUGCCAGGAAGCCUUCCUCUCUCCAUACUCAAAAACCGGCCGUAACGUCUACGAUGUCCGCUCCCCUUGCGAAGACCCCGAGAACCUCUGCUACCCUAUCCUUGGGUGGAUCUCCAAGUACCUUAACAUGCCUGAGGUCAUGAGCGCCGUCGGCACCGAAACUAAGUCAUUCUCUUCCUGCAACGACGAAGUUAACCGUCGCUUCUUCAGCCAGGGAGACUGGAACCAGCCCUUCCACCGCAAGGUUCCCGAAGUUUUGACUAAGAUCCCUGUUCUUAUCUACGCUGGAGAUGCUGACUAUAUCUGCAACUGGCUCGGUAACCAUGCCUGGUGCGAUGCGCUUAACUGGCCCGGCCAAGGUGACUUCAAGCCUAAGAAGCUUACUGGAGUCAAGCACAGUGUGACAGGAAAGGAAAUUGGACAGGUCAAGAACCACGGAGGCUUUGCUUUCCUCCGCAUCUACGGUGCUGGCCACUUGGUUCCGUAUGAUCAGCCUGAGAACUCCUUGGACAUCUUCAACCGCUGGAUCGGUGGAGAGUGGACUAAAUAA